CACCGCACGCCCCGAUCCGGAGGCCAUCGCCCCGUUGCCGCCGGCCCGGCGAGUAGGAGCAGAGUUAACUGCGGGGCCGCGCAGCCCUGCACGCUGCCAUUGGGCAACCGCGGCGUCCAUCACCUCUAGGAAGUGACUGCACGAGGAAGGCUUCUCGGCAGGCAGCUCAGCGUACACACGGAAGGAGAGAGGGGAAAAGCGGAGGAACGCGCGACCCUUGUCGUCAGUGCGAAAAAAAAUCACAAGCACCAGGACAAUGAAGUCAUACCAGAAGCUGACGACAGCAGUGCCACAGCCGGCGGCAUGCCAGGUGGAAGAGGAAGGGGCCACCCCGAUGCCCACCGGCCGCGGGAAGCUGGCCCCGUGGUGGGUGGGCAGCGGGCUGCUGGUGGCCGCUGUGCUGCUGAGUGCUGUCACCGUCUGGGUGCUGCGGCAAGUAUCGGGGAGCUGGCCUGGACCCAUGCCACCCCCCAAAUGUCUCCUGGUACCUGAAAGCCACCGCUUUGAUUGCUACCCCGAGCGGCACGUGGUGGUGACCCGAGAGCUCUGCGAAAACCGGGGGUGCUGCUUCAUCGAGAGGCCCUCGCCGGCAGCGGGCAAACGGGGGGUGCCCUGGUGCUUCUACCCCCCUGAUUUCCCCAGCUACACCCUGGAGAGCCUCAACCAGACAGCGCUGGGCAUGGUGGGGUUGCUGGUGCGGAGGGAGAAGGCCUAUUACCCCCAGGACAUCAUGAAGCUAAGGCUGGAUGUGAAAUUUGAGACUGACACGCGGCUACACAUCAAGAUAACUGAUGUGGCCAACCCACGCUACGAGGUUCCCCUUGAAGUUCCCCAGGCAACGAAGAGAGCAGAAAACCCCAUCUACAGCCUGGACUUCUCCCGGGACCCCUUUGGGGUACUGCUGCGGCGCAGGGCGACAGGGGCAGUGCUGCUCAACACCACUGUGGCCCCCUUAAUCUUCGCUGACCAGUUUCUCCAAAUAUCCACAUCGCUCCCGUCCAGGUUUCUCUACGGGCUGGGGGAGCACCGCAGCACCCUCCUGCACAGCCUGGACUGGAACACCCUCACGCUGUGGGCCCGGGACGUCUCUCCCACGGAAUCUUUCAACCUCUAUGGUGCUCACCCCUUCUACCUGAUGAUGGAGGAGGGUGGAGAUGCUCAUGGGGUUUUCCUCCUCAACAGCAAUGCGAUGGAGGUGGCCCUGCAGCCUGCUCCGGGCCUGACCUGGAGGACCAUCGGGGGGGUUCUGGAUUUUUACAUCUUCCUGGGGCCUGAUCCCAACAUGGUCAUCCAGCAGUACCAGCAGGUGAUAGGUUUCCCAGCCAUGCCACCCCUCUGGGCGCUCGGCUUCCACCUCUGCCGCUGGGGCUACGGAUCCAGCAAUGAGACCUGGCAGACUGUGAGAGCAAUGAGGAACUACCAGAUCCCCCAGGAUGCGCAGUGGAAUGACAUCGAUUAUAUGGAUGGGUACCGGGACUUCACCUUUGAUCCCCAGAAAUUUGCCUCCCUCCCUUCACUGGUAGAAGACCUCCACAAACACGGGCAGCGCUACGUUAUGAUCUUGGAUCCCGGCAUCAGCAGCACCAACCCUCAUGGCUCCUACUGGCCUUUCGAUGAAGCCCUGAGACGGGGCUUGUUCCUCAACACCACCCAAGGGCAGCCGCUCAUCGGGCAGGUAUGGCCUGGCUUCACUGCCUUUGCAGACUUCUCCAACCCAGACACGCACCAGUGGUGGCUGGAGAACCUGCAGCACUUCCAUGCCCAUGUGCCCUUUGAUGGCCUCUGGAUCGACAUGAAUGAACCAUCCAAUUUCAUGGAUGGGUCUGAAGUUGGCUGCCCCCCGGGAGAGCUCGACAGCCCACCCUACACACCAGCCGUGCUGGGCGAUUCCCUCUUUGCAAAGACGGUGUGUGCCUCGGCGAAGCAGAAAGCCUCGGUGCACUACAACCUCCACAACCUCUACGGGCUGAUGGAAGCCAAAGCCACAGCGAGUGCCUUGAUCCAGAUCCGGAGGCAGCGCCCCUUCAUCAUCUCCCGCUCCACCUUUCCCAGCCAGGGCCGGUACUCAGGGCACUGGUUGGGUGACAACCGAAGCCAGUGGAAGGACAUGUAUUACUCCAUCCCAGGGCUGCUGAGCUUCAGCCUCUUCAGCAUCCCGCUGGUUGGGGCGGACAUCUGUGGCUUCUCUGGCAGCACCUCGGAGGAGCUGUGCACUCGCUGGAUGCAGCUCGGUGCCUUCUACCCCUUCGCUCGCAACCACAACACCCAGAAUGAGAAGGCCCAGGACCCAACGGUGUUCAGCCCUGCAGCUAGGACAGCCAUGAAGAACGUGCUGCUGAUCCGCUACUCCCUCCUGCCCUUCCUCUACACCCUUUUCCACCAUGCACACCUGCAAGGGGACACCGUUGCCCGGCCCUUGUUCUUUGAGUUCCCCCAGGACGUGGCCACCUUGGGGCUGGACAGGCAGUUCCUGUGGGGCCGGAGCCUGCUGGUGACACCCGUUCUGGAGCCCGGGGUGGAUUCAGUCACAGGCUAUGUCCCCCGGGGCGUGUGGUAUGACUUCUACACGGGCUACUCAGUGAACAGCAGCGGGGAGAUGCUGAAGAUGUCAGCCCCCCUGGAGCACAUCAACCUGCAUGUCCGGGAGGGCACCAUCCUUCCCACGCAGAAACCAGGGACCACCAGUGAGGCAACCCGAAGGAAUCCCCUGCGCCUCAUUGUGGCCUUGUCCCAGAGUGCCACCACCUGGGGGGACCUCUUCUGGGAUGAUGGCGAGAGCUUGGACACAUUCAAGCGGGGAAGCUACUCCUACGUGGUAUUCAACGUCACACAGAACAUCUUCACCUCCACUGUCCUACACACCAGCACUGAGGCCACUGAGGUCACCAUUGGCACACUGAGCAUCUUUGGGGUGUGGCAGCCACCCAGCAGGGUCCUCCUGAAUGGACAAGCGAAGCCCUUCUCCUACCUGGACAACCAGGUUCUCACCGUGAGUGACCUUGGCCUCAGCCUCAGCCAGGGCUUUUCCCUGCAGUGGUUGUGAGUGGGGGGACGCGGUGUCACCUCCACCUCGCCAGGACCACCCAUCUAGAAGAUGCUCAAUGCUCCAGCCCUUGAAGCCGGGAUGUCAGCACAGAGGAAGCGAUGGGGACUGUCACCUCCUGCCAUGUGGCCCCCCUCCAGCACAGCUGCGGAUGGAGGUGCAGGGGGUGGGCUUGGCUGCCAGGUGCCCCCCACCUGGUCCCGGGUGGGUGGUGUGGGUUGAGGUGCAGUCCCGCAGUCCCUGAUGCAAUAAAGGCACAUGGAGAGCUUG